GGCUUUGGCCGCUAUCAUAUCACGUGACAUGUUUCAAAAGUUGAUCGAUCUGUGACGGUCCGCUACUGUUCUGGUUCUGCUAUACCACACGCAACCAUGGGCAAGGGCACACUCGGUGACGAGCAGUGCUGAAGCCGCAAGAACUGAACGAAUCACAUUCCAUCUGUCUCAUCAUGGCCUACAACCCUUCUUAUUGGAACGCCAACGGUCGACCCGCUCAGUCCUGGUACGGUCAAUCUUCUCAACCUGGACCUAGCUCUCAACCCUACGGAUAUCCGGCAUCGGUGCAACCAGUGAACCUUAGCGGGGGAUACAACCCGUAUGCAGGCUAUGCCCCUCAAGCAACUUGGGGAGCUCCAUCUCCGUCUUUCGGCCAGACACUAUUCAGAGGAGGUUCCUCUGCAUACUCCCAUCCGAGUGCCAACCCCGACCCCUCGAGACCGGCUAAGCGACCCAAAGGACAAGACCAGGAAGACACUCCUAGUCAUUCAAGGGGAGUGAGUGCGUGGAGAAACUGUUCUGUGCCUGGUUGUGGGUUUGUCGGACCGGGAGAUCAGGUGGAGAUACAUGAAGGAGACCGACAUCUGAUUUUUCCCAAUGGACACAGAGUUGAACGGAGCGAAGAGGAAGAAAAAUUUGCAAAGCGCAGAGGACCUGCGCCAGUCAUCGAGGGUACUACUAUCACUCUACAAACGGACGAGGAUAUAGCGAAAUGGAUAGCGGAGAGGAAGGCGAAGUGGCCUUCGGCCAGGCGAGUCGCCGAGAAGGAAGAGGAACGUAGGUCCGCAAUUGAGCGUGGGGAGUUGCCUGCGAGAGGAAGGGGCAGAGGAGGCAGAGAUGCUCGAGGAGGACGCGGUGGCAGACGGAAUGAUCCUGCUUCUCAAGCCGAAGAUUGGGGACGGCCAGUGACUCCCCUCGAUGGGGUCUCGGAGAGGGGUCCAAGAGGCAGAGGUAGAGGCAGAGGACGAGGCACGCCAAGGGGACGUGAUGCUGGGUAUGGAGCCCGAGGCGGCGCGCACGGGGGAUCCGACCGAAUAGUUCAGCAUGAAACAAGCCCGGCACGGGCACCUAGCCAUGAGCCUGGACCUCAAGGAGACAUGUCCGCCCGCGUCGAAGCUCAGAACGCCGUGAAGAACACAAUUGGUGGACUCGCCGCUUAUGACUCCGCUUCCGACGAGGAUGAAGACGCUUCGGACGAUUCAUCAUCAACGACUUUAUCGGAUAGUGAACCCACCACUUCGAGCGACGAGUCCGAUGAAGAGGUUGAACCAGCUAAGGCAAAUGACUCCUCGCAAUUGCGAACAAUACCUGCCAUCGCUGAUAAGCCGCUUUGCAAAUUCUUCGCGAAGACUGGCAAAUGUAGACACGGAGACAGAUGUCGUUUUGCGCAUGUUCGCGAAGUCAACCAGCAGAAUCGGAAUCAAGCAGAACGUCACAGACCGGUUGCAAAGCGUCAAAACCCAUUUGAUCGUCCAGGCAUGCUGAGCGCGCUCCUGGCUACGCCUAUCCAAAACACUCUAUCCCAGAUCUCUCAGACCAUUCGCUUCCUGGUCGCCAACGAUAUGCUGGAGAAUGUGGAGUUGAAGCCUGGGGAUGCAGAGGCUCUCGCUAGGCGGCACGACCUUAUCACAGAGGUAUCACCAAAAUCUGAAACAUUCGCCCUUGAUGUCCCUGAGGCUGGUCAGGCGGAUUUGUGAGACUCUACGGACUGCCGCAAUAUCAUCAUCAUGAUAUGUCUCAGAGUAUCCUAUCAAUUGACUUUGGGCGUCUUGCGCGUCGCGUAUCGCGCGUCCUGCAUGCAAUCACGGUGCGUCAUCUUGGUACUCUUGACCUUGCAAGACCUUUUGCGCCACCUCCAGCUACUACUGUCCCUCGGGAGUCUGGCAGGGAGCGAGGGGUGCAAUGUGUCGUACAUGUCUCAAGACACGACAAGAGUCUUACUCACAUGCUAAGCCACCAGCGACUGAUUCCUUGGGUCAUCACUGAACAUAAAAAGGUGUACUGGAUAUCCUUAUCG